AUGGCUGAGGGCAGGGCGAGCGGCGCUGCCGGCCUCUUCGCCAAGCAGGUGCAGAAGAAGUUCAGCAGGGCCCAGGAGAAGGUACUGCAGAAGUUGGGGAAGACUGUGGAAACCAAAGAUGAACGGUUUGAACAAAAUGCCAAUAACUUCUACCAACAACAGGCAGAAGGCCACAAGCUAUACAAGGACCUGAAGAACUUCCUCAGUGCAGUCAAAGUGAUGCAUGAAAGUUCAAAGAGAGUGUCAGAAACCCUGCAGGAGAUCUACAGCAGCAAGUGGGAUGGUCAUGAGGAGCUGAAGGCCAUCGUAGCGAAUAAUGAUCUCCUCUGGGAAGACUAUGAAGAGAAACUAGCUGACCAGGCUUUGAGGACCAUGGAAAACUAUGUAGGCCAAUUCAGCGAGAUUAAGGAAAGAAUUGCCAAACGGGGCCGGAAACUCGUGGACUAUGACAGUGCCCGACACCACCUGGAGGCGGUACAGAAUGCCAAGAAGAAAGAUGAGGCCAAGACUGCCAAGGCAGAGGAAGAGUUCAACAAAGCCCAGGCUGUAUUUGAAGAUCUGAACCAGGAACUACUAGAGGAGCUGCCUGUUCUUUAUAAUAGUCGUAUUGGCUGUUAUGUGACCAUCUUCCAAAACAUUUCCAACUUGAGAGACGUCUUCUACAGGGAAAUGAGCAAGCUGAACCACAAUCUCUACGAGGUGAUGAGCAAACUGGAGAAGCAACAUUCUGACAAAGUCUUUGUGGUGAAGGGACUCUCAAGCAGCAACAGACGCUCUCUAGUCAUCUCUCCCCCAGUUCGAACAUCUACAGUCUCCAGCCCUCUUACCUCACCUAGCAGUCCCUCUGCACUUUCCUUGAAGAGUGAGAAGGACUCCACCUCAGCAAGUGAGGAAGAGCUGGCAUCUGAUCCAGCCCAGGGAGAAGACAACUCCGAGAUUAAAAAAGAGCCCUUAAAAGACAAGGAAAUAGAGGAGGAGGCUGAAGCAAGCUCUUCUGAGGAGGAAGAGCCUCUGCUAGCUUUCAAUGGCCCCUCCCAGGCCCAGCCCUCACCCACCGUUGAGGGUGGAGAGUCCCAGGAGGAAAUUCUCCCUGGCUCCCCAGCUCCAUCACCAGGCAGAGCUCUGAUCCCUUCAGAGCAGGCCUCAUCUUUCCCAGAAGUAGUCCUCCGAACCCGCACCUCAAGCGAAGGAUCUGAACAGCCAAAGAGAGCCUCUAUGCAGAGGGCCUCAGCACCGCCUGAUAGGCCUCCUCCACCCAGAGCCACUCCCAGCCCCAGGUCCUCCUUAGGGAACAUGCCCUCCAGCCCUCCAGCCUCUGAACAGAGUUCACCCACCAGCCCUAGGGCCUCCUUGGGGGCUGAGACUCCAAGUCCUAGGGCCUCCUUAGAGGCCUCUCCUGAUCCACAGCCACCAGAGAAGCCAGCAAGAGCUCCUGAGGUCAGAGAAAAGGAAAACACCGAUAAUCUGAACCCAGAAGAACUUUGUACUUCCCCAACCUUGAUGAUCUGUCAGAACCAAGGUCUUCAGCUUCAUGUCUCUGCGGUUCCGGAAGAGAGCAGCGUCAUAGCACCUGAGCCUCGAGAAGAGGUGUCUCCCAUUCAAAAUGCACAACUCUGA